CUUCCUCUCCCCUUCUCCCAACAUACACGCGCACACAUAUACAUCAUACACAUAUACACAUACAUACGUGCACAUGAGGGUAUCCACAUGCAUGAACACCGGGAUUCAAGCAGCCCGGGCGAGGGUGGCCAUUGGCCAGGCUGCCCGGAUCUCAUCCACCUUGGCAACCUCCACGGCAUCAGUCGCCUCGGAUUCCUCGCCCACCCGCAGCCAGUGUGCUGCAGACCCCCAAUGGCCCGUGAUUGAGAGCGCACGCUCUCAGCCGGUGCAUCUGAUGGAUGGGCAAAAUCGCCGCGUCAUCCUCGGAGUGUCGGGCGGUGUUGAUUCGGCCGUCUCGGCUCUCAUUCUCAAGGAGAGAGGCUUCCAAGUGGAGGCGGCAUUCAUGCGAAACUGGGACAGCUCCACCGAAGCUGAUACCCAAGGGCCCUGCCCGCUGGACAAGGACCGCGAGGAUGCACGCGAAGUUUGUCGGCUGUUGGAUAUUCCCUUCCAUGAGGUCGACUUUGUGAAGGAGUAUUGGCUGGAUGUCUUUCAGCAGUUCCUGGACGGCUAUGCGGCAGGCAUCACGCCGAAUCCGGACAUUCUGUGCAACCGGUCAGUCAAGUUCGGCUCCUUUGCCGACUGGGUAUCGCAACACUUCGAUGGGGCCAUGAUUGCAACAGGCCACUAUGCCCAGGUGGCCACAAGUCCCCUUGCCCCGGGUAGCCAUUUUUUGGAAAGAGCUGUCGAUCGCCACAAAGACCAGACCUACUUCCUGUCGGCCAUCCAGCCGGGCAUCCUGGCUCGGACGCUCUUCCCGGUGGGUGGUUUCCACAAGGCCGAAGUCCGUCGUCUGGCUGCGCUCGCGCAUGUCGGCGACUACACCGGGCUGCGAGCCGCCCUGGGCCAAGUCACCGCCAGCACCAAUGCCGAAUAUGCUCCAACCGGCCGGAAUACCUUCGACCCGAGUGCCUCGCACCCAGGAUACUUCGGCCCGGGGGCUCACUCGCCCGUGACUGGGAGCCCUGCCUUGCCGGAAUCGGUGCUCAACCGCCACGAAUCCAUGGGGAUAUGCUUCAUUGGAAAGCGGGAUUUUGCUCCCUUCCUGGAGCAAUAUCUCGAGCUGAAGCCAGGUCCCUUCUUGGACCUUGAAACCGGCCUGCCAUUGCCCGGCAAACCUCAACAUACGGGUGCCGCUGCGUACACGGUUGGCCAAUCUGCACGCAUUGGUGGCCAACAGAAAAAGUGGUUCGUCGCACGCAAGGACACCCGGACCAACAGCGUGUACUUGGUGCCCGGGCAUGACCACCCGCGCUUGCUGGCCUCAUAUGUGGAGGUUGAUCGGCCCUCGGUGGCAGCCACGCCAGCCACCAUCCUGGAUGGGCCCCUCCAUUGGCUGACUGAGAGACACCAUGUUCCGGGGCUGGGUGCCAUAGGCCCCCCCUGCCACGUAUAUGCCCAGUAUCGCCAUGCGAUUGGGGCCCAGGUUCCGGCCGCACUUGGCCUUUCCGGAUCGGAGUCUCCGGCUCGAGUGGAGUUCAGCCAGCCGGUGUUUGCGCCGGCUCCGGGGCAGCAGCUGGCGGUCUAUUGUCCGGCAAAUCGCAUUUGCCUUGCCAGCAGUGUCAUCGCUCGAUUUGGCCAGACAGACUGAGAAGAGCCUGUGUCCUGGAAAUGAAGGGCACAUACUUGAUGCAUGUGCGCGUACGGGCGUUCAUGUGCAUGUUGACAAAAAAACGCGUGUGCAAAAGAGAAAGACCUGUUUCUGAUUUAU